GAAGGAGCUUAGUCUCCUAUAAAGAGGUGGCUCACCCGUGUAGGUCUUACAGUUCUCUUUCAUCCUUCAAUUGAAGCUCAUCGAGCUGUGUGAACGGUUUUUCUACUUUUUUGGUUUUGUUUACGGCUGUUUGAAGAGUCUGGUCAACAUGUACUACCAGAUCACCCUCUGCCUCCUCUUGGCCACCGCCUCUUUCGUGCGUUCCGCUCCCGCAGACGCCGACGAAUCGUCGCCGAAACAGAAACGUGGCAUCUACGGAUUCGGCUACGGUCUGGACCUCAGUCACGGAUGGGAUCUCGGAUACGGUCACGGAUUCGGUCUCGAUCACGGACUGUCACUAGAUCACGGACACGUGAAGACGGUGACCGUCACUAAGGAGGUGGCCGUACCUUAUCCCGUGCACGUUCCGUACGAGAAGCACGUGCCGUAUCCCGUCAAGGUCCCGGUCGCAGUGCCCGUCGAUAGGCCGGUCCCUGUCGCCGUUCCGAAACCGUAUCCAGUUGCCGUCGAGAAGCCCGUGCUCUACCCGGUUGACAAGCUGGUGCCUUACCCCGUCAAGGUUCCAGUGAAAGUACCAGUCGCCCACCCAGUGCCCGUGCCAUACCCCAAGCCGUUCCCCGUUCCAGUUGAGAAGCCAGUAGCCGUUCCAGUUCCUCACCCGGUCCUCAUUGAGAAACCAGUUCCUUUCGCCGUGAAACACGUGGAACACUUCGAACCUCAUGAAGCUCUUGGUUACCAUCACCACUUCUAGUCACCAAAUUGAUCAAAAUCAUCAAAAAUACUCGUUACCACAUACCAAAAAUACCUCCAAAUACUGGAACAGUGCCUUUUUAAUCCUCAGUAAGAGAAAAUAACUUGUAACUGCUAGAAGGUAAUGGCACUCAUAUCUGCUACUAAAACAGUGCAGUGAUAUUGGUGCCUGGUAACUGUUACUUAUAACUUAUAACUGCUACUCAUUACGCAUUCGAUAGCUGAUAUAGAUUGAGUUGUAGUAACUGAAAACAAUAUUGAAAACUGGUAACCGUUAUCAUUCAAUAACCGUUACCAGUAUUCAAAUUAUAAUAUCUUGGACAUGAAUAGCCCUACUUGAGCAUCAAAUACCAUGAUUACAAAAUGUCUAUGGUUUUUAUACUUCUAAGGAUAACUAGCAGAAAAUUAUAAAGUGAAAAGGUACUGUUCAUAGUAUUUAGUUACCAUUUAUCAUUUGUCAUCCUUCAUCUCAUUAUAGCUUUAAGACGACACUAUUUUGUUAUUGAUAGAAAAUAGUAAAAUAUUGUUUCUUUUGUAGAAA